CCAAAACAGUCGAGCUGUCACUGACUUGAAUUGAAGAAAAUUGUUCAUGGACAAAGCAAGAAAUUAAAAACAUUGAACAUUUUCGUGCAAAAUGUAAUUUGUUUUAAUCGAUUUUUCGGAAUACCAUUGAUAAAAUCGAAUGGCAGUGUUUUAGUCGUGUGGUAAUUUGUCGUGUUUGCACUGAGACAAAGCCAAAGAAAUUGGAACAAACGUCAAAAAAAGUUAAAAAAAAAACAUCAAAGAAAAAAUAACAAUCGAAAAAACAAAAAACAAAAAAAAACAAUGAAUUCAAAUGUGAAGCAAAUCAUUUCGCUGUUGUUGGUGUUGACGAUUCGUCAAGUGUGUGCGAGUGAUAUAACGUCACAGGCAUUCGGUACGAUAAGUGACACAAUUAUAUCAGCAUUUGGUGAUUUCAAUUCGGAUGAAUUGACCGAUGUAUUUGUUCGUUCAACGGAUGGUCGUGUGCUUGAAAUAUUGCUAGCCUCCGAUCAAGAGCCACUGUUGCGUCGUUCAACGUCGACCACAUGUACAUUCAAAGAUUUGAGCAUAACAAGCAUUGUGCCUGGUGAUUUUGACGGUGAUGCCUAUAUGGAUCUAUUGAUAACAUCAAGACCAAAACAAAAACCAAACACAACCGUCGAUCCAAAUGUGCUUGAUGUGUACAUGAAUUGGGGCGGUUCCGAUGUAUUAAAUUGCACCGAUGAAAGUGCGGGACCAUUAUUUCAAAUGAUUGGCGAACCAAUGGCCUUGGAUUAUAACAAUGACAUGAUUAUCGAUUUAUUUGGAUUGAAUGAAAAUGGACAUCGUGUAUUUUGGUUGUUCAAUAAAACACGUCAAUCACCGGAAGAAAUUCCAAUGAUCGCACCCGAUGGAAAAAAUCUACCAAAACUUUUGGUACCACAUUCUCAUGCAUAUUUAGAUCUGAACAAUGACUUUCGGGCUGAUCUAUUUUUGGCAACCGAAAAUGGUUUUGAAAUUUGGCAUGGCACGGGCAAUGAAGGUUUUACCUAUACUGAAGAACGACGACCGUCUGGCAUUCGUAACACCGUUUAUGGACAAUCGAUUUUCUUGGACAUUGAACUUAAUGGGAACAUUGCACAAGUGCUGCCAAUUUGUUUUGAUAAAUCAUGCCAUAAUUCGGCCAUUCUUGCCUAUGUCAAUGGCGACUAUUUCAAUUUGGAAAUCGAUUUUAAAGAUGACAAAAAUCAAGUGUGGCAAUUUAUCACACCAGAUCCAACACAAAAGAGUAUUUAUCAAGAUACGAUUACAUUGCGCGGUGGUGAUUUCAAUUUGGACGGCUAUCCAGAUAUGUUGGUUACGCUGCAAAACAUGGCAGACGGGAAACAAAUUCAAACAUUUUUAAUGGAGAACAUUAAGUGCAUCCAUUGUGAUGAUAAGCCACUCACACGAUCAUUUGCCAUUAAAUGGACGGCAUUUUCACCGUAUUCCAAUGGAACGGUUGUUGGGGCAUUCUAUGAUUUCUAUCAGGAUGGUAUUCUCGAUGUGAUAUUUGUAAAACAACAAGCAAAUGGAACCUCUCACCCGGUUGCAUUCCGUAACACACUCGAUUAUGAUGCGAAUUUUGUAAAAGUAAUGGUACUCACUGGUCUUACCAAUCAAAAUACACCCACAAAACAUACACCAUUGGGCCGCAACAGACGAACAUAUGGUUCAAACUUGCCUGGUCCGCGAAUUGCAUACAGUACAACACGACCGGAUGGUGCCUUACAAGCGAGCACAUCAGCUCAAAUACCUCAAUCGGGAUACUUUGCACUUCAGUUGCCUUAUACAGUGUUGGGGUUGGGGCGAACAGCCAAUUUUGUUGAUUCUCUGUCGGUCGGUUUGUCGGGCCGUCAUCGAACUUGGACACUUAUCAUACCAAAUUCACAAAUGGUCGUUGUACCGCUACCAAUUACCAAACCAAGUCGAUGGAAAGCACAGCUAUUCAUCACACCGAGCAAAUUGAUUUGGAUGAGUGUCAUCUCGUUAGGAGCAACGUGUGCCGUAAUUACACUGAUUAUUUUAGUAUUGCAUAUCAAGGAACGGCGACAAGACCGAUUGGAGAAACUCCAAGAGAAUCAACCACUUCAUUUUGACGCAAUGUAGCUAAUCGCCCCGCACACUUACCAUUGUGAUGAUUCUUAAUUGUAACAUUAAAAUGAAUUUCAUAUAAAUCGAUAAUAAAAUCUCAAAAUUCAAAUGUCACUAGUUUUAAGUAUGUAAGAAAUAUAUAUUUAUUCAUA